AAAAUAUUGUUGUGCAUUAUUUUCCUUAGAGGGGAAAGCCUUUUUGAUUGUCAUUCGGAGAAAUGGAGGAAAUCGAUUUUGACAGAGUUUCUGCAAAAGCACUAAACAUAUCCAGUCGGCUUCGCCUAGCAUGGUUUUUAAAUCCCGAACAAGCAUUGCCAUCUGAAAAUGGCUUUGCACGUGACUAUAGAGGUCUUGCUGAACAAAUGGAUUUUCAGUACAACGACAUCAAGAAUUUUCAACGAAAUGAGGAUCCUACUAUGAAAAUUUUGGAAGCUUGGGAUGCAAGGCCAAAUACAACAAUUUCUCAGUUAAUUCAAUUUUUGGAAAAUAUGGGACGACAUGAUGUUGUCCAAGACCUUCGACCUCAGUUUGAAAAUGAUGCUAAUGUCUAUUUAAGAAAUAUGAAACGGUCAACUGAAAUUCCAUUACAAGUGCCUGAAGUGACCUCUUGCCAUAUACAAAAAUCGCAGUUUGUUGAAGAUUUCAGUAUUCUGACCACAGGUGACAUUAUAACUGGUGAGCCCACAUACUAUGAUGCAUAUGUUUGUUAUGCUGAUGAAGAUAUACGUUUUGUCCAUGAUCUUGCAAAAUAUCUUGAAUCACCUGCUGUUGGCUUUAAAUUAUUUAUUCGAGGAAGAGAUUUACUAGCUGGACAUUCAGAAUAUGAAACAAAUAUACAGUUGAUCAAAGAGAGAUGCAGACGUAUGUUGAUAAUCUUAUCUCCAGAUUUCCUGAAAAGUCCAGCUUGUGAAUUUCAGGCUAGCUUUGCUGCCGGCUUAGCUAUUGAACAAAGACAAAGAAUACUUAUUCCAAUAGUUUUGGCUCCCUGUGAAAUACCUUUAGUUUUAAGGUAUGUUUCUAAAAUUGAUUUUACCAAAGCAGAUAUUCAAGAUUGGGUUUGGGAUAGACUUAUCUCAUCUCUUCAAGAUGUUUGUACUUCCAUGUUUAUUUCUUCUGAUAGAAAUAUGGCAUCAAAAGCUAAUUCAGUUCCCCAGCUUGAAUCAUCUGAUACAUCUACACCUGCAAUUACGUAUCCCCCAACUGUAACUCAAGCAGCAGUUACAUCUGGUAAUUAUUCACUCAGUAUUUCUACAGCAAGUACUUGUGCUUCUUCGGUUCUUUCUUUUCCUGAAAUAUCAGUUAAUUUGCCUUUAGUGCCUGCUAAAACAUCACCCCAACCUAAGCAGAAACGACGCUUCUGGUGGAGCCCUUCAUUAAAAGGACGUUUUUCUGCAUAUAAUUAUGCCUCUUCCAGUGCAUCAAUUUCUUCAUCAAAUGCAACAAGUGGAUUUCAUAGUCAAGGUGACAAUAUGUUUGAUAGUUCAGAUGUUUCCACUGAAGUGUGCUCUCAAGAUACAUCUGUGUAAUAUUUUGCUGCAAAUAGUAUAACUGCAGUGAGAUUAACUAUUUGAGAUAUUUAAUGAAGAUAAUAAAGUGAGGUUUUUAAUUGGGGAAUCAUUGACUCUAGGAUAAAAAAUAACUGUACUGAAUGUAAAAUAUUCAAUUUAAAUGUGUUGUCUUAAUUUUGAAUAUUUAUUGCUCAGCAUACGAGACUUAAAAUAUUUAGCAAGUUUUUUGUGCAAAUUAAAUGUGACUUACAUGUGCAUUGUAUUAUGGCUAAUCAUAUAUAUGAUGAGAGACAUAGUAAAAAAUCAUUUAAUCCAUUUGUUAUGUUUAUUAUAAUUUUAAUUUAGGAAGCAAAGAAUUGAUUUCUGCUACCAUUAAUGUACUUAAAUAUUAGCUAAGUAGCGUAUUGUGCAUCUUUGAAAAUAAUCUAUGAAGAAAGCUGAUUUUUUUAAGGAUAAAUUCAUUUAAUUUUUAGAGCUGCUAGUAACUGGUAGUUACUGCAUGUUUAAUAGAAAUUCAUACAGUAAAUUAUCUGCUUGGGAACUUAUGAUUUGAUGAUGCAUAUUGAGCAGUAAUACUACUUAUAUUAAAGCAUUUCUGAAAUGAAUAUUUGUGGUUUAUUCUUCAAGUUAGAAAAAUUUGACUGUGUUUAAUUUUUUUAAUUAUAUAUAAAGUUUUUUUAAGACAAGCACUGUUACGUUAUACAUAUUUCAUUAAGAGAUUCAUAAAUUUUUCUACUGUUCUUGGAACUUAAAAGGAUAAUUUUUUGGGGGGGGAGGGAGGAGCAAAAAGGUCCAUGUGUAUUAUUAAAAAAGCAUUUAAUUUGAAGUUGCAUUUAUUUAUAUAUAAAUACUUACUUUGUAUGAAGAAUUACCAUCUAUGUCAAUGACUUAAUUUUUGCGUGUGAAACACACAAAAAAAAAAAAAAAAAAAAAAA